AUGGGAAGUGGUACCUCAACCCAACAUCAUUUUGCUUUCCAGAAUGCAGAGAAAGCCUUCAAGGCAGCGGCCCUGAUCCAGAGAUGGUACCGGCGCUACAUGGCACGCCUGGAGAUGAGGCGGCGGUGCACCUGGAGCAUAUUCCAGUCUGUAGAGUAUGCUGGGCAGCAAGACCAGGUCAAGCUCCAUGAUUUCUUCAGCUACCUUAUAGAUCACUUCACUCCCAGCAGUCACAAUGAGAGGGACUUCCUGAAGCGCAUGUUCGCUGAGGAGAGAUCCCUCCAGGACUCUGAGCUGGAGAGAUGCAGUGACUAUGAAUCCAUACAGGUACCAGACAGUUACACAGGGCCACGCCUCUCCUUCCCACUCCUUCCUGAGCACGCAACUGCCCUGGUGGAAGCCUUCAGACUGAAACAACAGCUCCAUGCUCGCUAUGUCCUGAAUCUUUUGCAUGAAACCAGGAAACAUCUGGUGCAACUGCCCAACAUCAACCGGGUCUCCACCUGUUACAGCGAGGAGAUCACAGUGUGUGGAGAUUUACACGGCCAGUUGGAUGACUUAAUAUUUAUAUUUUAUAAGAAUGGCCUCCCGUCACCAGAGCGGGCCUAUGUGUUCAACGGCGACUUUGUGGAUCGAGGCGAGGAUUCACUAGAGAUCCUGAUGGUUCUUUUUGCCUUCAUGUUGGUUUACCCAAAAGAGUUCCAUCUUAACCGAGGCAACCAUGAGGACCAUAUGGUGAACUUACGUUAUGGCUUCACCAAGGAAGUGAUGCAUAAAUAUAAGACACAUGGCAAGAAAAUACUGAAAAUACUGCAAGAUGUUUUCUGCUGGCUUCCGCUGGCAACUCUGAUUGAUGAAAAAGUUCUGAUUCUUCACGGUGGAGUGUCAGACAAGACUGACCUGGAACUUGUGGCUAAACUAGACAGGCACAAGAUUGUUUCCGCCAUGAGGUGCAAAAUGAGAAAGGAGCAUGAGAAGCAGGUGGAGAACGGAAAAGCCAACCAGACGGGCUCUGCAGGGAGACCCUGCCCGUGGUUUCUCCCCCAGAGCCACUCUCUCCCCUCUUCUCCCCUUCGCCUCAGCUCGCACAAGGCCCACAGAGCCGGCCGCUCCUCCAGCGUCCCCUGCAGCGUCCCCCUGGACCCCAAGGAGCUCUCGCGGCAGGUGCGGCGCUCUGUGGACCUGGAGCUCGAGAGGUGCCGGCAGCAAGCAGGCUUCCCAGUGAUGGAGGAGCAGAAGGGGGAGCCCCUGCUCUUCUCAUCAGAAGCAGACUCAGAGGCUGGGGAGCUGCUGCAGCCCACUCAGGAGGAGUGGAGGCAGGUUGUAGACAUACUGUGGAGUGAUCCCAUGGUCCAGGAGGGCUGCAAGGCCAACACUGUUCGAGGAGGAGGCUGCUAUUUUGGGCCUAACGUGACAGAACAGUUGCUACAGAAGUACAACCUGCAGUUCCUGAUCCGCUCACACGAGUGCAAAGCUGAAGGCUAUGAAUUCUGCCACAGCCGCAAGGUGUUAACCAUCUUUUCUGCCUCCAACUACUAUGAAGUUGGCAGUAACCGAGGGGCCUAUGUCAAACUGGGGCCGGACCUGACCCCGCACAUUGUGCAGUAUCAAGCUAACGAGGCGACCCACACGCUAACUAUGAGGCAAAGGAUUAGCAGAGUAGAGGAGUCAGCUCUGAGAUCUCUGCGGGAAAAGUUAUUUGCUCAUUCCUCAGAUCUUCUUGGUGAAUUUAAGAAGCAUGAUAAGGAUAAAACUGGUUUGAUCCCCCUGAGUGACUGGGCAGCUGCCGUGGAGUCUGUGUUGCAUCUGGGACUGCCAUGGCGGAUGUUGAGGCCGCAGCUGGUGAACAGCUCAACAGAUAACGUGCUGGAGUACAAGUCCUGGCUGGAGGACUUGGCCAAAGAACAACCGAGCCAUGAGAACAUACAGUCAAGUUUGCUGGAAACACUGUAUCGAAACCGAUCCAACCUGGAGACCAUUUUUAGGAUCAUAGACAGUGAUCACUCAGGGUUCAUCUCACUGGAUGAAUUCAGGCAGACUUGGAAGCUGUUCAGCUCUCAUAUGAAGAUUGACAUCACAGACGACUGUAUCUGUGACCUUGCUCGGAGCAUUGACUUCAACAAGGAUGGCCACAUCGACAUCAAUGAGUUCCUGGAGGCCUUCCGCCUUGUGGAGCAAUCCUGCUCAGAGGGCAAUGCCUCAGAUUACCCACAAGCCACAGACACUAACAGUGGCUACAGCAGGCCAGAUGCACACUAAGGACAGCCUGGUCUCCAUCGUCCAAGGUGCCU